AGCUUCAGUUUUGCUUGUGAGUUGGAAAAUUGCAAGGAUGGAAACACACCUCUCAAAAAUCCAUUGAAAUUUAACAGAGUUAAUAUUUUUCCUCUUUAAGACUAUAAUUACAUUCUGUGCUUCUUGCAGUCUGCCAUUCUUGUCCUGAAAAGGCACCGUCCACAACAUCCUGACUUUAGUUAAACAGUAGGCAAAACAAUAUACUUAUGCUGAUACAGUUGUUCUGGUGAUAAGUAGUAUCAACUUCUGGUGGACAUUGCGGUAGCUGAGAGUCUUUGGAAUAAAUCUUAAACAGCAUAUUAAAAGAGAUUUAAAAGGGUAGUACACAUUUAGCCAAAUGGACUAUCCUGGCAAAUCUGGAGUAUACAAAGUGGAGCGGGAAGUGCUGGAUGAACAGAGACUGGAAGAGUUAACGCAGAGAAAAGCAUACGCUGACAACCAAACUUCUCUGACGGAACAGCUAAAAGGCUCAUUAAGAUGUACAUUACCCAGACUGAAACACACUGUGCUGAGCAGCUUGCCUGUGUUGUAUUGGCUGCCCAAGUACUCGGUCUGGGACUACGGCAUGCCAGACCUCAUCUCUGGCAUCAGCGUGGGCAUAAUGCAUCUGCCGCAGGGUAUGGCAUAUGCGUUGUUAGCUUCCUUACCUCCUGUUUUUGGCCUCUACACAUCACUCUAUCCAGCUUUUAUCUACAUCUUUUUUGGGACAUCACGUCAUAUCUCCAUUGGUACAUUUACUGUGCUCAGCAUCAUGGUGGGUAGUGUGACAGAGAGACUUGCCCCAGACAUGGAUUUCCUCAAGCAAAAUGGGACCAACGUUACUGCAGAGCUGGACAUAACUGCUCGGGACUCAUACAGGGUGCAGGUGGCAGCUGCUACCACGGUCCUAGCAGGAUUAAUUCAGGUGGUGCUGGGUUUGGUGAAGUUUGGAUUCGUAGGAACGUACCUGUCUGAACCUUUGGUACGGGCUUACACAACAGCUGCUGCAGCGCAUGCUGUUGUUGCACAACUGAAGUACAUCUUUGGGAUUUCACCAACAAGAGUUAGUGGGCCCUUGUCACUGGUCUAUACUCUGAAGGAUGUUUGCUCCUUGCUGGCACACACUCAUCUUCCCACACUGGUGGUCAGUGCUGUGUCCAUGGUGUUUCUAAUAGCAGCAAAGGAGCUCAACUCUUUCCUCAAUCGAAAGCUGCCAGUGCCUGUUCCAGUGGAGCUCAUCACAAUUGUGGCAGGAACAUUAAUAUCAUCCUAUGCCAACUUGAAUGGCAACUACACUGUUUCAGUUGUUGGAGAAAUUCCUAGUGGUCUACUUCCUCCGAGUGUCCCAGAUGUGAGUCUUUUUGGAGAAGUUGUCGGUGAUGCUUUUGCAUUGGCCAUUGUUGGAUAUGCCAUAUCUAUUUCCCUUGGGAAAACAUUUGCAUUGAAACAUGGAUACAAGGUGGAUAGUAACCAGGAGCUGGUGGCACUGGGUCUCAGUAACACAGUAGGUGGCUUCUUCCAGUGUUACGCCGUCUGCCCCUCUAUGUCUCGAAGUCUCAUCCAAGAGACCACUGGAGGAAAAACACAGAUGGCUAGCGUGGCAUCAACUCUAGUUGUGUUGGUGACGAUACUGAAACUCGGCCCCCUUUUCCAGGAACUGCCAAAGGCUAUCCUUGCAGCGAUUGUCUUUGUAAAUCUGAAGGGCAUGUUCAAGCAGUACUCUGAUAUCGCUACGCUGUGGAAAAGCAGCAAGAUCGAUCUGGUGGUGUGGUUGGUCACUUGGGUGUCAACAAUGUUGUUCAAUCUGGAUCUUGGCCUGGCUGCAUCCAUCAUCUUUGCUCUGCUUACUGUUAUCUUCAGAACUCAGAUGCCGACAUAUUCUGUUCUGGGAAAUGUUCCAGGCACAGAGCUGUACGUGGAUAUAGAGACACACACAGAGGCAAAAGAAGUUCCUGGUGUAACUAUAUUUCGCUCGUCUGCAACGGUUUAUUUCGCCAAUGCUGAGCUUUACCUGGAGGCUCUGAAAAGAAAGAGCGGGCUUGACAUCAGUAAAAUGAUGAUUUACAAGAGGAGGCAGGAGGCCAAACAGAAACGUAGAGAAAGAAGGGCUGAGAGACAGGCCAAAAGGAGAGCCAAGAGAGAGCAAAUACGAGCACAAAAGGCAGCUAGGCAUCUCUCUGCAGCACCAGUGAUCUCUGUGGAGGAGGAGGCCGGACGCUGGGCCGACACAUGCAUGGACGAGGGGCAGGACUGGACCGAGAGAGAGAACAGUACAGUUUUUGUCAUCCCAGCCAGUCUUCAAACACCAGACGGUCAGUGUAGAUGGGAGUACCUGAAGGGAGGAGAUCCAGACUCCACCAGUUUAGGGUGGAUGUCUGAGCUCCAGGACGGGGACACCACCACCCUGGGCUCAAGCAGUGAUGACACGCUGAGCCGGGACCUGGAGCGGGUGUCCCUCGGGUCACUGGGGAAGUGGACCUGGGACAUUCACUCCAUCAUCAUUGACCUCUCCACUGCUAACUUCAUCGACACAGUGGCUAUAAAGACUAUAAAAAAUAUUUUCCUGGACUUCAGUGAGAUUGAUGUGGAUAUCUACCUGGCUGGUUGUCAAGCCUUGGUGGUGGAACAGUUAGAGCGAGGCUUCUUCUUCUCUGAGAUGAUAACAAAGAGACGCCUUUUUGCCUCCGUCCACGAUGCUGUGCUGUACUGUCUCAACCAUCGUGGAGCGACAUCAUUCCCCAGAUAUGAGCUGUCAGUGGACACAUAUGUGGGCACAAAACUUUAAAGACUAAACGAACGGGGGAUGCAGCACUAAGGAUGGGAAUACUACAAAUCAAAUGCUCAGAGCUUACAAUGAAACAAAUACUAUCACUCACUAAUAAAAUAUAAUUUGUGGCUCUAAUUUGAAUGUUCAUAUAUGUCAAUACUUAUUCAUACUUACUUUAAAAGAGAAAGAUAAAAGCUGAAGACAUACAAGCUGAAUUAAACUUUUAUUCAGUGUGGGAGAGUGAUACAGUGCAGCUUAGAGGAAAAAAUAGAUAAUGAAAUAAAUCAAAUGAAAGAUUCAAAUAUCACCCUUCUAAAAAAUAAUCUGGCAGAAAAUCUGAAUAAAUUCAAGGAAAAAAGACAAGGCAACAUGCAUCACACUGACAGUGUGUGAGACUUUUUUUGGUCAUUGUAGCAACAACAAGGAAGGACAUUGACAUGUUUACAGCAGCCACUUCCAUAUUCAAGUGCAAUUUUUGCUCAAAGCAACAGCAAACGCUAAUGCAUGCAAAGGAUUGAUUUUGUCUCGACUUCUUAAAGCAACAAUAUGUAACUUUUCCACCUUUAAAUAGCUGUAUCAAAGGUCGAUUCAAUAGCACAAAAUCUGGUAAUAUUACUUAAAUAUAUUACCUUGUAAAUGUAUAUUACCACCUUAACCUACCUAGUCCACAUGGUUGUUUAGCUUGUUGCAACGUCUUUGCCGGCCUCACUUCAUCUGCUUGUUCACAAAUGCACGUUGUCAAAGAGGGGAGGCUAACAGCACUGUGCACUGUGUGAGUCUCAUGACAGUGCAUUUACGCUCCUCUGGGCCUCACAGCGAACCAAACCAAA